AUGGAACUUGUCUCACGAACGGCACGGGUAGUGGUGCCGCCAGCAGCGCAGACAGUCGAGAAGAAACUUGGUUCUUCCGAUAAGAGUAGCGCGGCUUUAACUUCGCCUCUUCAUAAGGGAUCACCAGCAAAACUCGACAUCUCCCAGCUCGCACUCAUCGAUGAAAGAGUCAGAGCCAAAAUUUUGGAGAAAGGCCGUAGGAAACAGAAUGUUAGGCAUCGCUUAACAACAUUAUCUUCGAAUUCCAACGAAUUGAAGAAGAAGUCGGGAGAGGUUCCCCCUUCCAGAGCUCCAACAAUAACGAAUAGCAGUAGCCGCUCUGUUGAAAUUCACAAUAACAUGCGAUCCUCUGAAAUGCUAUCUUCAACAAAGGAGAUUGCACCAUUAUUGUCGUCGCUCUCAGUGAAAAAAAUCCCUUCAAAGCCACCGAAGCGAUAUAUUUCCAAUUCUCGUCGUAAUAAACAGGCAGUCUUCAGUAGCAAUGUCAUGCCUCCACCGUCUCCACAAAGCACUACGAAGGAUUUCAAUCGUGAGUAG